CCUUUCGCAACUUCAAUAUGCCUCCCAAAAAAGCUGCCACCGUGGAUGUUAAGUCCAAUGUCGUUGCGUUCGGAAGAGUCCGCAAAAAUCUCAAGAUGGGAUGUGUGGGGCUACCAAACGUGGGAAAGAGUUCCCUGUUCAAUCUCUUGACUGAACAGAGUGCUCCUGCAGAGAACUUUCCAUUCUGUACUAUUGAUCCUAAUGAAGCAAGAUGUGCUGUUCCUGAUGAAAGAUAUGUAAGUCACUUCUCAACUUGUUGACAAGUGUGAUUUUUCUGCUUGCUCGAGGUCAGCUCUCAAUACAAUUAAUCCGACACUAUCACCUCGGAAAUUUUGAUGUAUUCCGGUCUUAUCGAUGAUUCAGUUUAUUUCAUAUCAAAAAUAUGCGUCUCUUUGGUCCUAAUUCUAGAAUCCCGCUAACACCUCAUCAGAACUUCCUUUGCGAUCUCUGGAAGCCACCUUCUAUGUACCCUGCUUAUCUUCAAGUAACCGAUAUCGCUGGCCUCAUCAAAGGAGCUUCUCAAGGAGAAGGUCUUGGAAAUGCUUUUCUUUCCCACAUUCAAGCUGUGGACGGCAUGUUCCAUAUUGUCCGAGCAUUCGAUAACGAUGAGGUUCUACACGUUGAUGACUCCAUAGAUCCUGUCCGAGAUUUGGGCAAGUGAUCUAUUCUAGAGGGACUAUGGCCACUUGAAGUACAGGGGUUAACUUCUGUAGAAACUAUUCAGAGUGAGCUUUGUAAGAAGGAUUUAGGUAUGUUACAUUUAAUGACUGGUGAACGAAUGAGUACUGGAAGUUGAUGUUGGUUUUAGACAUUCUCCAAAAACAAAUUGUGGCAGAAGAAGCGACUGUUCGUAAAGCAGGUGGUAAAUUUAAGAUGAACCCUCUCUUUCCGAGUACCACAGCCAAGAUUCAAGCAGUAAGCGCGUGCCGACUUUGUGCGCGUUAAAGACCUCAGCGAAUUGACAUUUUCACAGCUUCUAGAAAAGAAUAUCCCAGUCCGAGACGGAACUUGGACUUCAGGAGAGAUUGAACUAAUCAACGAACGAGUAGGUUUUAUGUUCUCAUCACAGAAGGUACAACUAACAUGAUUGAAGAUUCAACUCAUCACUACAAAACCAGUCAUCUAUCUCGUAAACUUAACAAUGAAGGACUACCUCCGCCAAAAAUCAAAAUAUCUUCCAUUAAUCGCUAAAUGGGUCACCGAGCAUGGCGGUGUCCCAAGGGAUAUCAUCCCCUUCAGCGUGGAGUUUGAAGAGAAGAUUUAUGCACUUAAAAAAGAAGGAGGACAAGAAGCCGUCGAUGCUUCCCUGAAGGAGAAGGAGGUUAAGGUAAAGAGUAAGCUGGAUAAGAUCAUCACAGAGGGCUUUACAAAGUUGGGCUUACAAUACUAUUUUACCGGUGAGUUUUCUUCCGAAUGUCUAAUGUGGUAGAAAUAUGCUUACAAUGUGAAUAGCUGGGGAAAAGGAAAUCAGAUGUUGGACUAUCCCGCGAGGGUGUCUAGCUCCCCAGGCUGGUAUGUUGCCGCUUUCUGGGAAUCGAGCUGAGAGACUGACAAUCGUUUCGUGUAGCCGGAGCAAUUCACGGCGACUUUGAACGAGGAUUCAUUAAAGCUGAAGUAGUAGCAUAUCAAGACUUCCACGAUCUGUGUGACGGAGCAAAGUCGAUGGCGCCUAUUAAAGCAGCUGGCAAGUAUAGACAAGAGGGAAAGACUUAUGUGGUUCAAGAUGGUGAUAUUAUUCAUUUCCAAUUCAGUAAGCUCCGGUCAUGCACUUCCAGACCCGAAUCGAUGUUCUAAUGCAAUGUUCUAGAUGUCGCA